AUGGCCGCAAACGAGGGCGCCCUGCCCAGCGCUUGGGACAGCAAUCGCCGGAGCAGCAACUCCCGCUUCUUGCAAGUGACCGAUCUGAGGGUCAAGUACAUAGGCACUGGCAACGAUGACCGAGACGCUGCUGCCAUCCGAUCCAACUAUCCCGUCAGCAAGUCCCUGCCCUUCUACUACUGGGAGGCCCAAAUCGUAGACAAGGGGCGAGAUGGGUUCAUUGGAGUGGGCAUGUCGGCUGCGGAUGUCAAGUUGGAAAGGCUCCCAGGAUGGGAGCCUCGGUCCUACGGCUACCAUGGCGAUGAUGGCAACAUCUUCAACGGUCGCGGGUAUGGGCAGAAGUACGGACCCACCUUCACGACAGGCGAGUGCUGCUCGGCCGUUCGCAGUGUUGGCGAUGUGAUUGGCGUCCUAUUUGACCGAGUGGAGAGGACCAUCUCCUUCACCAAGAAUGGGCGGGACCUCGGCGUCGCUUUCCAGCAUGUCAUGGAGCCUGUGCUCUACCCCACCAUCGGCUUCCGCACCCCUGACGAGGAGGUGGUGGCAAACUUCGGGGGCCAGCCCUUCCAGGCCGAUGCGAGCCUCUUCCACAGGCAAGCCGUCGCCCGGCUACAUGAUGAGAUUCGGGGCCAGUCCCUGGACAAGAUCAGCAAGACGCCUGGCAACGUGGUGGGCCGGCUGGUGUUCAACUACUGCACCCACCACGGCCUGUGGGACACCGCCAGCCUGGUGGCCCGCGACGUCCUGGCCGGCACCGUGGCCGUGUCGGAGGCGCAGCGCGCGGAGCAGGCGGGCCUGCGCCGCCUGGCCGCGCACGUGCGCGCGGGCGACGUCGACGCCGCGCUGGAGGAGAGCGAGGCGCUCGGGCCCGGCGUGCUGGCCGCGCGCCCGGGCAUCCGCUUCCGCCUGCUGGCGCAGAAGCUGGCGGAGCUGAUCGGGGCGGGGCGGGACGUGGAGGCCAUGGAGUUUGGGCGCGCUGUGGUCGACCCCGCCGCCAGCACCGCGGAGGACCACGAGCUUCUGGAGGACGUGGUCGCGCUCUUCGCCUACACAGACCCGGCAUCCAGCCCCAGCGGCCGCCUGCUGACCGAUGAGCACCGCGCUGAGCUGGCGGCUGCUCUGGUGCGCGCGCUGCUGGCGCAGUCCGGCAAGCGCGAGUUCUCUGCGCUGGAGGUCCUGCAUGCGCACGCGCGGGCGCUGCACGCCCAGCUGGUGGCCGCCGGCGACCCCUGCACCGCCAUGAUCCCCAGUGUGGAGAGGUUUGUGGCGGCGCGAGGGACGCCGCUGGAGCAGGAGGAGGACGGCGAUGGCGACACGGCCAUGCCCCCUGCUUGA